CAGCGGACGGCGGAGCUGCCCCAGUCCCAACCCCAGCCCCUGCCCCCGCGCCGGCGAGCGCCGCCCGGGAGGCAGCGGCCGGAGGAGCGGACUGGGCCCGCGGGGCCAGAGGGCCAGGAGCAGGAUGUGGUAACUGGACUUAGUCCCCUGCUCUUCAGGAAGCUCAGUAAUCCUGACAUAUUUUCAUCCACCGGAAAAGCUAAACUCCAACGACAGCUUAGUCAGGAUGACUGUAAGUUACGGAGAGGAAGCCUGGCCGGUUCUCUGUCAGUGGCUUGUGUAUUUCAUCACGUGGAGAUUACUUGUAAUGAAUAUUCAUCUUAUUUCUGGUUUUUAUUAUGGUAAGCAACUGCUCCCAUUGUCCAGCAGUGUACAUAACAGUGUGGGACAGGUGACAUGGCAGUCAUCAGGAGAAGCAUCAAACCUGGUUCAAAUGAGAAACCAGUCCCUUGGACAGUCUGCACCUUCUCUUACUGCUGGCUUGAAGGAGUUGAGCCUUCCAAGAAGAGGCAGUUUUUGUAGGACAAGUAACCGCAAGAGCUUGAUUGUGACCUCUAGCACAUCACCCACACUUCCACGGCCACACUCCCCACUCCAUGGCCACACAGGUAGCAGUCCUUUGGACAGCCCCCGGAAUUUCUCUCCAAAUGCACCUGCUCACUUUGCCUUUGUUCCUGCCCGUAGGACUGAUGGACGGCGCUGGUCUUUGGCCUCUUUGCCUUCUUCAGGCUAUGGAACCAACACUCCUAGUUCUACUGUCUCAUCUUCAUGCUCCUCACAGGAAAAGCUGCACCAGUUGCCCUUUCAGCCUACAGCCGAUGAGCUGCACUUUUUGACAAAGCAUUUCAGCACAGAGAGUGUACCAGAUGAGGAGGGACGGCAGUCCCCAGCCAUGCGGCCCCGUUCCCGCAGCCUCAGUCCUGGACGGUCCCCAGUUUCCUUCGACAGUGAAAUAAUAAUGAUGAAUCAUGUGUACAAAGAAAGAUUCCCCAAGGCCACAGCACAAAUGGAAGAACGACUAGCAGAAUUUAUUUCCUCCAACUCUCCAGACAGUGUGUUGCCCUUGGCAGACGGAGCCCUGAGCUUUAUUCACCAUCAGGUGAUUGAGAUGGCUCGAGACUGCCUGGAUAAAUCUCGGAGUGGCCUCAUUACAUCACACUACUUCUACGAACUUCAAGAGAAUUUAGAGAAACUUCUGCAAGAUGCCCACGAACGCUCAGAGAGCUCGGAGGUGGCUUUUGUGAUACAGUUGGUGAAAAAGCUGAUGAUUGUCAUUGCCCGCCCCGCUCGUCUCCUGGAAUGCCUGGAGUUUGACCCUGAAGAGUUCUACCACCUGUUAGAAGCAGCUGAGGGCCACGCCAAAGAGGGACAAGGGAUUAAAUGUGACAUUCCCCGCUACAUCGUUAGCCAACUGGGCCUCACACGUGAUCCCCUAGAGGAAAUGGUCCAGUUGAGCAGCUAUGACAGUCCUGACACUCCAGAGACAGAUGAUUCAGUUGAGGGCCGUGGGGCAUCUGUACCAUCUAAAAAGACUCCCUCUGAAGAGGACUUUGAAACCAUUAAGCUCAUCAGCAAUGGCGCCUAUGGGGCUGUAUUCCUGGUGCGGCACAAGUCUACCCGGCAGCGCUUUGCCAUGAAGAAGAUCAACAAGCAGAACCUGAUCCUACGGAACCAGAUCCAGCAGGCCUUCGUGGAGCGUGACAUACUGACUUUUGCCGAGAACCCCUUUGUGGUCAGCAUGUUCUGCUCCUUUGAGACCAAGCGUCACCUGUGCAUGGUGAUGGAGUAUGUCGAAGGGGGAGACUGUGCCACUCUACUGAAGAACAUCGGAGCCCUACCUGUGGACAUGGUGCGUCUGUACUUUGCGGAAACCGUGCUGGCCCUGGAGUACUUGCACAACUACGGCAUCGUGCACCGUGACCUCAAGCCUGACAACCUCCUGAUUACAUCCAUGGGGCACAUCAAGCUCACUGACUUUGGACUCUCCAAAAUUGGCCUCAUGAGUCUGACAACAAAUUUAUACGAAGGCCACAUUGAAAAGGAUGCUCGGGAGUUCCUAGACAAGCAGGUAUGCGGGACUCCAGAAUAUAUUGCACCUGAGGUGAUCCUGCGCCAGGGCUAUGGGAAGCCAGUGGACUGGUGGGCCAUGGGCAUAAUCCUGUAUGAAUUCCUGGUGGGUUGCGUUCCUUUCUUUGGAGACACUCCGGAGGAGCUCUUUGGCCAAGUGAUCAGUGAUGAGAUUGUGUGGCCUGAGGGUGAUGACGCACUGCCCGCAGACGCCCAGGACCUCACAUCCAAACUGCUCCACCAGAACCCUCUGGAGAGGCUGGGCACAGGCAGCGCCUAUGAGGUGAAGCAGCACCCAUUCUUCACGGGUCUGGACUGGACAGGACUUCUUCGCCAGAAAGCUGAAUUUAUCCCUCAGCUGGAGUCGGAGGAUGAUACCAGCUAUUUUGAUACCCGCUCAGAGAGAUACCACCACAUCGAUUCGGAGGACGAGGAGGAUGUGAGUGAGGAUGGCUUCCUGGAGAUCCGCCAGUUCUCUUCCUGCUCUCCAAGGUUCAGCAAGGUGUACAGUAGCAUGGAGCGGCUCUCUCUGCUCGAGGAGCACCGGACACCAACCCCCACCAAGCGCAGCCUGAGUGAGGAGAAAGAGGACUGCUCAGAUGGCCUGGGAGGGCUGAAGGGCCGAGACCGGAGCUGGGUGAUAGGCUCCCCUGAGAUACUGCGGAAACGGUUGUCAGUGUCCGAGUCAUCCCACACAGAGAGUGACUCGAGCCCUCCACUGACAGUGCGUCGCCGCUGCUCAGGCCUCCUGGAUGUGCCCCGCUUCCCUGAGAGCCCUGAGGAGGCUAGCAGCACCCCCAGGAGGCAGCAGCGGGAGGCCACGGAGACCCAAGGAGGCCGUGGGACACCGCAGCUGGCUGAGGGAGCCACAGCCAAGGCCAUCAGUGACCUGGCUGUGCGCCGGGCCCGCCACCGGCUCCUAUCUGGGGACUCUAUAGAGAAGCGCACUCCCCGCCCCAUCAACAAAGUGAUCAAGUCUGCCUCAGCCACAGCCCUCUCCCUCCUCAUUCCUGCGGAGCAUCACACCUGCUCGCCGUUGGCCAGUCCCAUGUCCCCGCAUUCCCAGUCGUCCAACCCGUCGUCCAGGGACUCUUCUCCAAGCCGGGACUUCUUGCCAGCCCUGGGCAGCUUAAAGCCCCCCAUCAUCAUCCACCGAGCUGGAAAGAAAUACGGCUUCACCCUGCGGGCCAUCCGUGUCUACAUGGGUGACUCAGAUGUCUACACUGUGCACCAUAUCGUGUGGCAUGUGGAGGACAGAGGUCCAGCCAGCGAGGCGGGACUUCGUCAGGGUGACCUCAUCACCCACGUCAACGGGGAGCCUGUGCAAGGGCUGGUGCACACAGAGGUGGUGGAGCUGAUCCUGAAGAGUGGAAACAAGGUGUCUAUUUCAACAACUCCUCUGGAGAACACGUCCAUUAAAGUGGGACCAGCCAGGAAGGGCAGCUACAAGGCUAAGAUGGCCCGAAGGAGCAAGCGAAGCCGGGGCAAGGAUGGGCAAGAGAGCAGGAAAAGGAGCUCCCUGUUCCGGAAGAUCACCAAGCAGGCAUCCCUGCUCCACACGAGCCGCAGCCUUUCCUCCCUCACUCGCUCCUUGUCAUCAGGGGAGAGCGGGCCAGGCUCCCCCACACACAGCCACAGCCUUUCCCCCCGAUCUCCCACCCAGAGCUACCGGGUGACCCCUGAUGCUGUGCAUUCAGUGGGAGGGAAUUCAUCACAGAGCAGCUCCCCCAGCUCUAGCGUGCCCAGUUCCCCAGCUGGCUCUGGGCACACACGGCCCAGCUCUCUGCAUGGUCUGGCACCCAAGCUCCAACGCCAGUACCGCUCUCCACGGCGCAAGUCAGCAGGCAGCAUCCCACUGUCACCACUGGCUCACACCCCAUCUCCUCCACCACCAGCAACUUCACCCCAGCGCUCUCCAUCACCCCUGUCUGGCCAUGGGGCCCAGGCCUUCCCCACCAAGCUUCACUCGUCGCCUCCCCUAGGCAGGCAACUCUCACGGCCCAAGAGUGUGGAGCCACCCCGCUCACCACUGCUUAAGAGGGUGCAGUCAGCCGAGAAACUGGCGGCUGCACUCACCGCUUCUCACAAGCACAGCCUUGACCUGCCCCACCCUGAGCUGAAGAAGGAACUCACACCCAGGGAAGCCAGCCCUCUGGACGUAGCUGGAACCAGGAGUGUGCUGUCUGGGAAGGGGGCGCUUCCAGGGAAGGGGGUGCUGCAGCCGGCUCCCUCACGGGCCCUGGGUACCCUCCGGCAGGACCGGGCUGAACGGAGAGAAUCACUGCAGAAGCAAGAAGCCAUCCGUGAGGUGGACUCCUCAGAGGAUGACACCGAUGAGGGGCCUGAAAACAGUAAGGGCAUACAGGAGCCCAGCUUGGCACCUAGCCCAGAAGUGGGCCAGAAUCUACCCCUCAGAGGAGCAGAGGGUGGGGAAGAGGAUGCCUUCUUGCCCAGUGACCCCAAGAGUCAGGGCCCAGUGGCCCCAGACCUAUUGACAGGGGUCACACUGGGGCCUCCCAGAAUAGAGGGCCCCAGUGCCCCUCAGAGUUGGGUUGGGAGCCUGAAAGCCUCUGAGGAGGCUGCCAUCACCUCCUCACCAGCCCCCAGCCUGGGGAGGGCUGGACGCACAGACCCCAUCCCCACUGAGGGCUGCUGGAAGGCCCAGCGCCUCCACACCCAGGCACUAACAGCACUUUGUCCCAGCUCUUCCGGACUCAUCCCCACCGGUUGCUCUGACACUUCCUCCACUCCUGGGGAGCCAAGCCCAUGGUCCUGGAAAUUCCUUAUUGAGAGCCCAGACAAGGCAUCCCCAAGUAGAAAGGCAAUGAUGGAAGUUGGGCCAGCCAGGCUCCAGGAUUUGGAAACUACAGUUCCGGCCCACCCUGAGAACCUGUCUCCCAGGCAGGAGGGGAAGUCACAGCUACCUAGUGGCCCUGGACUGGCCCAUUCACCUUGUAAGGUUCCCAACCAUAGCUGGCUGUGGAAGCCUGGAUGUCUACAAGUAGAGAAAGAGGAGCUGGAGGCAGCCCUUGGCAUUACCAAAGUGCCUGAUGCCUCAGGUGACAGUAGGCAGGAUGCUCCACGCAGAGGCUGCCCACACACCCAGGAGCCUGGGCCCAGCCGGCUCCAGAGAGGCCGAGAACCAGGGGGCUCUCAAAAACAUCAGGACUUAGCAAUGGCACCUGAUGAGCUUUUGAAGCAAACGUAACAGUUGUCUGACAUUUCUUGCACUGAGACCUGUGUAAUACAAGCUCCUGGAAACCAUCGUGAUGUCUUUGGCUUUCUUCCUUUCUCCAUUCAACACAUGUAGUCUAGGUCCUGUGUUGCUGCUGGGAUUAUAGUGGCGAUAAGACAGUUUCCACCUGCAGAAGAGGGACACCUAACCAAGCUUGGCUUCCCAGAGACUAUGACAUCUGAGCUCAUACCUGAAGGAUAGGUGAUAGUUAGUAGUUUGCUGGGGAUAGCAGAAUGGGGGUUGUUUUAAGAAAGAAUGUUCAGGCAAAGAGCACAGCAUAUACGAUACACAUGGUACAUUCAAGAAACCUAAAAUAAUUCAAAGUGGGAAUGGGCCCAGAGGUCUUCCAGGAGUUUAUACAUUUCCUGAAAGUGAUAGAGACCUAUAACAACUAGCAUUUCUACUUUAUAGACGAGGCAGUUCAGUUUUUCAGAGGUGAAGUAACUUCCCCCAAGGUCAUACAAGUUUGGGCAGAGCUGGGAUUAGAACUUGGGUCCCUCUUGACUCCAGAACCUGUAUCUUUUUGCUUCCUUCUAACUUGGUGUGCCUCUUAGCCAAGAAAUAAAAAGGAGAAGUGGAGAGAGGUAAAGAGUUUAGCUGUUUUAGUUUGAGGUAUUUGUGGGCCAGCCAAAAGGUAUGUAUGAGUUUGGAACUCAGUAGGGAAAUCUAGACUGAAAAACUCUGAGAAGUAUCAAUAGUGGUGCCUCAGUGAACACAUUUAAGGCAUGCAUACACACACAAAAAGACUUAGAAAAAGCAGAAGAGAAUCAAAAUCUGAAGAAUUUUUAAAGGGAGGAAGAAAUUGUUAAA